AUGGCACAUGUGUUGAAAAUGGUAGUGGGAAUCAAAGACUACGGGAUUACAUUGCUCACAAGCGGCGGCGCUCACUCUAAGAAACCCUCGACGACAGUCUGGCCAGGAGUUUGUUUGUCAGAUGUACAAGCUGAUGAGAAGGUUGCGAAGGAAUGGAAACCGAAUCAAAUUCGACUGGAUCCCCACCAUCGAGGGCAAUAA